CGGCGGGCCCAGAUGAUGGCGCACCCCAACUUCACGGAGGCGGCUGUCUCGCACUGCCCCCUCGGGGUGCUCUUCUGGGGUGCCAUGGAAUACGUAGCCUGCCACAUGCUGCACUACCGAACCAUCCACGAUGCCUGCACCAAGCAGCGGGAGCUGCUGGAGGAGGUGCUGCUCCCGGCGACGCAGGACUACGACGUGCGGCUCGACUUCGGUUAUGCUGGGAUUUCGCAAGCGGCACGCAUUGGCGCCGUCGAGCGCGAGACCCAGUUCCAGGAGCAUCGCAUGUCGGAGGACGCAGGGGCCAGCGCCAGCAGUGGACCCCAGGAUGACGGACAAGAAAUCAUUGCAAACCACGCUGCUGCAGAACGUAGUACCCUUGGUGACGACGCGAGUCAUUCCGGAACAACGACUACAUCACAGCUGCACUACCAUGACACGACACAGUACAGUGACCAGGUUUCUCGUCGACGAAAGAUGAUCCCGCAGUCAGAAACUCUCACGCUCGCGCCUCUAAUGUACACACGCUGGCCAGUCUUUCACGUUCUGCUUCAGUCGCAGGUAUGGCGGCAGCCCUACUUCGCCGACAUCUACUACGACCGUGACAUCAAUUGUUUGCGCGACAGACCGCAGGAGGAGCUCCUGGAGGAACAGCGACACGAAGUAGACAUCACGAGCGAAAGCUCGAGCGAACGAACGGAUAAUCAUAAUGUAUUUUCAUCUGCCGAAUACACGCAGCGCGCCGAUCCGCGGACGGCGUUGCGGCGCAUCGAUGCGGUCCGACAGGCCGUGGCCGAAGUUCAACGGCACACUACCUCAGCGGAAGUGAUCGACAAGGUGCUGCCCGAUGUCUUCAUUGGUAUUUUCCGCAAUUUGAUCGACGAGUCGGCCAUCGAGCAAGCAGGUGCAGUCCACGACCUUUCGCAAGGCGAACAUCAAGAGUUGGUGGAGAACAAUGGAAAAGAUCUUCUUGUUCCUAACAACGAGCAGGCACGAGUGAGGACUGACAAAAUGAGGAAGAUGUUGAACAUGACGCGAUACGACAGCUUUCGGCGGGCGUUCAACAACUACGACUUGCAGUCGAGUUUGCACUUUUUUUGGCAGGACGAUUGGACGCACAGCAGUAUGGAGUUUGCGUUCACAGAGUGGAUCAGUCAGCGGGCAAAUUUCGAGCAGGUAGGUCGCGAGUGCUUGUGGAGCUACGUGGUCGCAAAUCUGUUCAAGAAUUACGUGUGUUUACAAACCGAAACGAAAUGCAGCGAAAUGUUUUUGCCCCUGAUUGAGCUCAGCCUGACGGGAGCGCUGAAAGACGCGCCGAAGCUUCGCCGUGCGCUCAACAGCGACGAUGAGGGGUUCGCGCGUGACGACAUGCUCCAAAUGGUGGACCGCCAGUAUCUCUGCAACUUCGAGUGUCUGUUCGCCUCGAUGUGGCCUGUUUCGAGCUUUUUGUGGCUGACCGCCAGCAUGACCCUGAAACACUCUUUUUCGCUCGACUUCUCCGAAGAUUGGCUCUUUGGGCGCAGCGCAAAGUUGGCGCUGCUCACCGGCGACGGAGCUGAGCACUUCGAACAAAAGAGCGACGGCAAGGAGAGCACCGACGGCGACAUCCACCAGAAAGAUCGAGACAAGAAGCAGCGACUACUGGGUCUACGCCGAGAAUUCUUUUCUUCGCAAGAUAAUGGAUUCUUGCAAGAACAAUUUGACGAGGCAGUUCAAACGGUGUACGUGACGAUGGUGUGGGGGAGCCUGUACGGCAAGUACGUGCCUCACUUCUGCGAGCACUUGCGGACAAUCCUCGCAGAGGACGCUUCUUCUGAUUUUGCCGUCUUUGCGCACGACGACGUCAGCUACCGCUCCUGUGUGCAAGCAUCGGCGGCGGCAUCUGGUAUAGUACCUGGUUCCGAGCACGCGGCAGCAGGGGCGGCUCGUCCUUCACGUCAACAUGGCAGCGCUACUUCCGCAACGUUGAAGGGACGAUGUUUUCGGGGGUACUCCAAAGCGCUGGGCAAGUUUUCGCUGUCUCUGGUCCUGCUCCAGCUGGGCUACUAUCUUGUGCAAAAGUUUCUCAUUCCAGAAAAUUUUUGUAUCCUAUCACCAGGAGCAGAUAGAUUGCUUAUACUGAUAGAUACUCUCGUUUUAAUGUCGCAAUGAGCGUACGGAUGCGUUCUUUGAAAAUUCUUGAAUACCAUAAAUACGUGUGGUGCGGUGCUUUUGCAAUGCAUAGGCGCGAUGUGUUAUACCUGGAUUUUGACACCUAUCUUCUACGGAACCCAACGCCGUUUCUGCGGCAUCUUACCGAGGGAAACAAUAAUGACGUCGAGAUGCUUGUGGGGGGGAGUAUCUUCGACGACUGCAUCAAUAACGGGGUGUACUACCUUCGCAGCACACUGAGGACACAGGAGUGGCUGGGACGCAUGUUUAAGUACCUGUAUGACCGACCUUAUCUGGUGGACCAAAAGUGUUUCUCGGCCUUUCUGGGUUCGAACGCCGCUUACGAGCGCGUGCCUGAGGAGGUAGGUAUCGCUUUCGCGGCCAACCCGGCCGUCUACGUCGGCACGAGCGUGCCCUCGUGGCAACCGAUUGACCCAUACCGCUACUGGGCCCAUUCGCAUUGGUUUGUUGAACAAGACAAGGAAGCUACUCCGCCCGAUGCACAAGUGGAUGACGUAGGAACAAGAUUGGCCCUCUUCGCAUUUCACUUCGAGAAAGCCGCGUGGCUGGAUCAAGUUGCGAAGGACACUUUUGGGCUAGACGACGACAGCAAGCGCGAACGUAUGCAGUCAGAGGGUUUCUUUGCAGUAGGAGCGGAGCAAGCUGCACCCGUAGACGUCAGAUCGGAGCAGAAAUUUGACGGUGCUGCUGCAGAGCAUGGUGAAGUCGUGGCUUCUAGCACCUCGGAAUCAAUAUCGCCAGAUCAUAGUAUCCCGGAAUUCGAGAUGUUUUACGUGAGGAAAGAUGCCACCGAAAUUCGUCGCUUUUUGGAGAGCAAAAAACUGACGCGGCUCCCAGAGACGCAAAAGACGUGCGUCACGCUGCCACAGCAGGAAGACGACAUCCCCCUCAUGGUCCGCAAAAAUCGGCACGGGGGACGGAUUCCAGAGUACUUUCCAAUUUACGGUCCGGAGCCCGACAUCGCCCUCGCACUCUGA